GGGAGCGGCUGCGGCGCGCCGGCGCCCUCGGAGCCGCGUGCUGGGGGUCGUAGGGACCCACCGCGCUCAGCCAGACGUUCAGGCGCUCGGACAAACAUGGUCUAUAACCCAGGAAAGGGGAGCAGGGCCACUCCCGCGGGCGGCCCCAGCGAUGAACCGGACGCCGCCACCCUGCCGGGAAAAAGGCAGUGGCGGUCAGGCCGCGCUGUCUCUUUAAGACCGUGUUCCUACUAACACUGCCGGACUCCUGGAGAGGGCGGGGAGACGAAGCAAGGCCAAGUUCCAAAGGGAUGAGAGUCCCAGCUGGCUUCAGCAUCCACACGGCAUAGUCCUUCAUGAAUCUUGAUGCAGAGGCCUCCAUGGCUGUGAUAAGCCUGCUGUUCUUGGCAGUGAUGUAUGUUGUUCACCACCCUCUGAUGGUCAGUGAUCGGAUGGACCUGGACACAUUAGCCAGGAGUCGGCAGCUGGAGAAGCGAAUGAGCGAGGAGAUGCGCCUGCUAGAGAUGGAGUUUGAAGAGAGAAAGCGAGCGGCUGAGCAGAGGCAGAAGGCAGAGAACUUAUGGACAGGAGACUCAUCCAGCGACCAGUUAGUGCUGGGGAAGAAAGACAUGGGGUGGCCGUUCCAGGCCGAUGGCCAGGAGGGGCCUCUGGGCUGGAUGCUGGGAAACCUGUGGAACACUGGCCUCUUUUGCCUUUUUCUCGUCUUUGAGCUCCUGCGACAGAACAUGCAGCAUGAGCCGGCCUUUGAUUCCAGCAGUGAGGAGGAGGAGGAGGAAGUCCGUGUUGUCCCUGUCACCUCUUACAACUGGCUUACUGACUUCCCCUCCCAGGAGGCCCUGGACUCCUUUUACAAACACUAUGUCCAGAAUGCCAUCCGUGACCUGCCUUGCACCUGUGAGUUUGUGGAGAGUUUUGUGGAUGAUCUCAUUGAGGCCUGUCGGGUACUCAGCCGCCAAGAGGCUCACCCACAAUUGGAAGACUGCCUGGGCAUUGGGGCUGCCUUUGAGAAAUGGGGAACCCUCCAUGAGACCCAGAAAUUUGAUAUCCUGGUGCCCAUUGUCCCCCCACAGGGCACCAUGUUUGUCCUGGAGAUGAGGGACCUGGCCCUGGGCCGCCGCUGUGGCUGUGUGCUGGUGGAGUCAGAAUGUGUGUGCAAGCGUGAGAAACGCCUAGGGGACGUGCUGUGCCUGGUGCACCACCACAGGGACUCCUCGGCAGUCUUGGGGAAGUGUAGUAGCUCCAUCAAGGCAGCUCUCUGCACCGGCUUCCACCUAGACGUGUGCAAGACUGUGCAGUGGUUCCGGAACAUGAUGGGCAAUGCCUGGGCCCUUGUGGCCCACAAGUAUGACUUUAAACUCAGUCUCCCACCGUCUACCACCUCCUGCAAGCUCAGGCUGGACUAUCGCUCAGGCCGUUUUCUCUCAAUCCACUUGGUCCUGGGGGUGCAACGAGAAGACACCUUGGUCUACCUGGUGAGUCAGGCUCCUGACCAGGAGCAGCUCACCGGUGUGGACUGGCCUGAGUCCUUUGUGGCCUGUGAGCACUUGUUCCUGAAGCUGGUGGGGCGCUUUGCCCCCGAGAACACCUGUCACCUCAAGUGCCUCCAGAUCAUUUUAAGUCUCCGGCAGCAUCAGAGCUUACCCCACGGAGCAUCCCGCCCCAUCCUCACUUCUUACCACUUUAAAACAGCUCUCAUGCACCUCUUGCUACGGCUGCCCCUCACGGACUGGGCCCACAACAUGCUCUCUCAGCGGCUCCAGGACAUUCUCUGGUUCUUGGGCCGUAGCCUCCAGCAAAGGUCCCUCCAUCAUUUCCUCAUUGGUAACACUUUUCUGCCCCUGACCAUCCCGAUCCCUAAGACAUUUAGGAAUGCUGAGCCUGUCAAUCUCUUCCAACACCUGGUGCUCAACCCCAAGGCACAUUCACAGGCAGUGGAAGAGUUCCAAAACCUUCUGACCCAGGUGAAAACUCUGCCUCGUGCCCCACUGGCUGCAGCACCUUGAUGUAAAGGCCAUUUAAAAAAAAACAGAGGAAGGUAUUUCUAAUUCCUUGGGCUA